AUCAGGCGAAAGUCCAUGUUGAUCGCUAACAUCCUGGCUGUGCUGGGCGGUUGCCUGAUGGGACUGUCGUCUCUGAGUAAAUCGUUCGAGAUGGUCAUCAUUGGCCGGCUGAUCAUCGGUCUGUUCUGUGGCCUGUGCACCGGUCUGACACCCAUGUAUGUGGGUGAGAUCUCUCCCACCGCUGUCCGAGGAGCCUUCGGCACGCUACAUCAGCUGGGUGUGGUUAUUGGCAUCCUGGUGGCACAGAUCUUUGGUUUGGAGUCUCUGCUGGGUUCAGAUGAGCUGUGGCCCGUGCUGCUCGCCCUCACUGUCCUGCCAGCUAUACUGCAGACUAUCAUGCUGCCCUUCUGCCCCGAAAGCCCUCGAUACCUCAUCAUCAACCUCAACCAGGAGGAAGAGGCAAGAAAAGCACUGGAGCGCCUGCGUGGCUGUGAAGAUGUGGAUGAUGACAUUCAGGAGAUGAAGGAAGAAGGGAUGAAGAUGGCUAUGGAAAAGAAAGUGACCGUGCUCGAACUCUUCCGCUCGCCGAACUAUCGUCAACCGAUCGUCAUCGCCAUCAUCCUGCAGCUCUCUCAACAGCUGUCCGGCAUCAACGCCGUUUUCUAUUACUCCACAGGCAUUUUUGAAACUGCUGGUGUAACUCAACCCAUCUACGCCACCAUAGGAGCUGGGGUCGUCAACACUGUAUUUACAGUCGUCUCUCUGUUUCUUGUUGAGCGAGCAGGACGAAGGACGUUGCACCUGGUUGGACUGGCAGGAAUGGCCGUCAGCGCCCUCAUCAUGACUAUCUCCCUGGCUUUAGUGAAAACCAACCAGUCCUUGAGUUAUCUGGCAAUUGUGGCCGUUUUUGCAUUUGUUGCCAGUUUUGAGAUGGGUCCUGGUCCCAUCCCUUGGUUCAUCGUCGCUGAGCUCUUCUCUCAGGGGCCUCGACCUGCUGCCAUGGCUGUCUCCGGUUGCUCCAACUGGACAGCCAACUUCUUGGUUGGACUGGGAUUCCCAAAACUGGAGGAGCUUUGCGGUCCGUACGUGUUUCUCAUCUUCAUGGUCUUUCUCAUCAUAUUCUUCAUCUUCACCUACCUCAAAGUUCCUGAAACAAAAGGACGGACCUUUGACGACAUUGCGCAGGGAUUCGCUGCCGCACCCGCCCAUUCCUUGGUGCAUGAGGCAGUGGUUGUCAACUCACCAACCAGUCCAGAACCAGUACCCAUGUCCCCCACAGAAAAAGUACCCAUGGUGGAUCUUCCUUCAGAGAAACAAUGAGUGACUGUUCCAUAUGCAGAAAAGACGGAUGACCUCACGCGAUUGUAAGAGUUCGAAACUACA